AUGAGUUCCGAAUACUCAUACGAUGAGCAGGGGCAAUUCUUCCCCGUCUUCAUCCUCACCCUGACGGGCCUCGUCACCCUCCCUCUCACCUACACUCUCCUUUUCCCCGCCAAAGACAUCGAGGCCAAGGCGCCACGCAUUCAGUCCGACUUCAAGCCCGAGCAUGAGGACCUCAUACAAGCGCGUCGCGAUGCGCAGAAGCGGAAGCAGCGUAGGGUCAAGCGCGCCCUGUUCGUCAUCGUCGGCUGGGCUCUCAUGGCCGCCAUGGUCUACCUGAUCUUGCACACACAGAGGACAGUCCUCAAGUUGUGGAACCCGUACGACAUUCUCGGUCUCCCAGACUCUGCUACCGAGAAGAUGAUCAAGUCCAAAUACCGAAAGCUGUCCCGAACACUGCACCCUGACAAGGUCAAGCCUAACCCGGCCAAGAAUGAGACGAUUGAGUCUCUCAACGAUGCCUAUGUCGAGAUCUCCAAGGCCUACCAGGCCCUCACUGACGAAGAGGUCCGCAACAACUACAUCCAGUAUGGCCACCCCGACGGCAAGCAGAGCUUCAGCAUCGGCAUCGCCUUGCCCCCUUGGAUCAUCUCCGACGGCAACGGCAAGUACGUCGUCGUUCUCUACACCCUCCUCCUCGGUGUUCUCCUCCCCUACCUUGUCGGAUCGUGGUGGUACGGAACCCAGAGGAUGUCCAAGGAAGGUGUCCUCAUGGAGUCGGCCAACGACCUCUUCCGCGCCUACGAGGACAACAUCGACACCGGCGGCGUCAUCACCGCCCUGAGUGCCGGCAAGGAGUACGACGAGACAUUCAAGGGCGACAAGGCCGACUCUGGCCUCGCUUCUAUCGAGUCCAGGAUAGCAACCGGCGCCGGACUGACGACCAAGGACAAGCACGCCCUCGAGGACCUCGACAAUGGCGUGCGCCGCAAGGCCCUGUCUCUGCUCUGGGCCUACCUCGGGCGCGUCAAGCUCAACGACCAGACCCUCAACAGCGCCAAGUACGAGGUCGCACCCACCGCUGACGCCCUCAACCGUUCCUUCUCCGUCAUCGCCCAGGCCUUUGGCCACACAGCCCCUAUUAUCGCUUCCUUCUCUACGACCCAGCAUCUCAUCCAGGCCAUGCCUCCCAAGUCGUCGCCUCUUCUCCAGCUCCCUCACUUCACCUCCGAAAUCGCCCAGGCCGUUGAUGGCGACGCCAAGACCCACGUCAACGUCCAGCAGUUUAUGGAACUCCCCGACGCCCAGAGGAGGAGCCUCACUGUCGGCAAAAGUCUCCUGACCGACGCGCAGUACAAGACGGCUGUCAGUGUGGCCAAGCAGCUGCCCCAUCUCCAGGUCAACAAGGCCUUCUUCAAGGUCACUGGCGAGAAGUUCAUCAUUCCCUCCUCACUCGUUACUCUCGUCGUCAAGGGCCGCAUCAUCCCCCCGGGCAGCGAGAACGUCCCAGAGGUCAACGAGCUCGACCUCGAGGACGUUGAUCCCGCCGAAGACGAUCUCGAGGCCUACCUCGGCCGCGCCAAGGCUGUCGUCAAGGGUCCCGAAGGCAAGCCCGUCGCCGUCGACAAGAAGCCUGUUCUGCCUCCACUCGCCCACGCUCCCUACUUUGCCCGCGACCACGCCCCCAAGUGGUCCGUCUUCCUGUCCGACUCAAAGCAGGGCAAGAUGGCCGUCCCUCCCUUCCACUUCACCCAGUUCGACCAGCCCAUCUUCGACAGCGACGGCAAGCCCACGUUCAACAUGCAGACCCUCAAGGCCCAGUUCGCCGCGCCACCACAGGCUGGCCACUACACUUUCGUCAUGCACCUCGUGUGUGACAGCUACGUCGGAUUUGACACCCAGAUGGAGGUGACGCUGGUUGUGGAGGAGGCGAGCAAGGCUGCCGCCAUGGCGGCCGAGGAUGAGAUUAGCGAGCCUGAUGAGGAUUCGCUGGCCGGACAGAUGAACGCUCUCAAGGGGGGCGCACCGCCCACCGCCAAGCCGAGGAGGAAGCAGGUUGUCGAGGAGUCGGACGAUGAGAGCGGCACAGACGACGACCAGGACGACGACGACACGAGCGCGACCAACACGGACACGGAGGACGAGUCGUAG